AUGCCUACACUGGCGCUCACAAACUUCAACAUUCUGGUGGGCUUCCUUGGCGGCUGGAUCUCCCUGUUUGGUCUCGUCUCGUUCCUGUGCAAAGAGACCUUUUACCUCUCCGAGGCCCUCAUAUCUCUCCUAGCUGGCGUUGCCUUCUCUCCCGCCGCGGCGAAUCUGAUCAGACCGCUCGAAUAUGCAGGCACGCAGGCCAACGUCGAGGCCGUCACCCUGGCCUUCUCCCGCCUCGUCCUCGGCGUCCAGUUCGUGCUCGCUGGCGUGCAGCUGCCAAGCAAAUACCUGCGCGUCCAGUGGAGGCCUAUGACUCUGCUCGUCGGGCUCGUCAUGACCUGCAUGUGGCUCUCCACGAGCCUCCUCGUCUGGGCCAUGGUCCCCAGCUUCCCGUUCCUCUAUGCCUUGGCCGUCGGUUCCUGCGUCACGCCCACCGAUCCGGUCCUGUCCAAUGUCAUUGUCAAGGGCCGGUUCGCCGACCACAAUAUCCCCAAGGACCUUCAAGACCUCAUCAUCAGUGAGUCGGGCGCCAACGACGGCCUGGGCUAUCCUUUCCUCUUCCUGGCCUUGUACCUCAUCAAGCACGUCGGCGCACAUGGCGAGCAAGGAUCGGCGGCGGGCGCUGGCACGGCAAUAGGUCUCUGGUUUGGUGAGACCUGGGGCUAUACCAUUCUUCUGAGCAUCAUCUAUGGCGCAGCCACCGGCUUGCUGGCAAAGGUACUGCUGAAGUGGGCCGAGGAUCGCAAGUAUGUUGACCGAGAGAGCUUUCUCGUCUUUGCGAUUUCUCUCGCACUCUUCAUCGUCGGAACGUGCGGCAUGAUUGGCAGCGACGACGUCCUGGCCUGCUUCAUUGCCGGCAACGCUUUCACCUGGGAUGACUGGUUCCGCCUGGAGACCGCGGACGACUCGUUCCAGCCGACCAUUGAUAUGCUGCUCAACGUCACAAUCUUCAUGUGGUAUGGCGCAGUGAUCCCGUGGCACGAGUUUGUGCACAACAAUGUGAUUCCCAUCUAUCGCCUGAUCCCCUUGGGUGUAUUGGCUCUCAUGCUCCGACGCCUGCCGUUCGUAUUCGCCGUUCAUCGCUGGAUCCCGCAGAUUGAGCAGGCGAAGCAGGCUAUCUUUGUGGGAUUCUUUGGUCCCAUUGGAGUCUCCGCCGUGUUCUAUCUCUACGUUACCCUCGAGUUCAUCGACGGCCUUGCGGAGGGUUCCAACCCUGCACCGGAUCUGGAUCAAUUCAAGGAGACUGUCCGCGUUGUCGUGUGGUUCCUCGCCGUCGUUCACGGACUGAGCAUUCCCCUGGGAAAGCUUGGGUAUUAUGCUCCUCGCACCCUAACUCGCAAUCUCUCCGUCACGAGCGGCGACGAGGCGGACACGAAUCAGCGGGCCGUGCGAGUCCGCGGUAGAGUCUCAUUCCCACUCAGCAGGAAUCGAGCUGCGCGGAAGCAACCAACCGGCGAUGCUGAGUCACAAGCACAGACGCAAGCUGAUGAUGAAUAUAUUCGUAUGGGCCCCAGACUGCGUGGUUCCGUCAUCCCUUUACCACCGACGGCAGCAGACCAAUCCGGCGACAAGCCAGUUGAUCAGGAUCAGGGACCACUCGCACCAAUACCAGAGCUCCCCAAUCGUUCGAUCCGAUUCCUGGACCAUACGCCACCGCCGGAUAAGCAAGGGAACUGA